CGAAAGAGAAAGGAUUGGGAAGAAGGAGAGAGAGAAAGCAUUGCAAGCAGCACGAGGGAGCUGGCCUUUUCCCCCUUGGGAGCCGCUUUGCCUGGGCAAAGGCCUCCCCAGCAGCCAUGGCUGAAGGCUGGCAGGCAUUCGGUGGAUCAGCUUACCAGAAUUUCAGAACUACUGACCAGAUGCCUGCUCAGGGGACGUUUGGUGCCAUGCCUCAAACCCCAGGACCUCCAGCUCCCUUUCUUGCUGACAUGGGAAGUGUCUCUGGCUAUGAAGGCACAACAGCAGGAGAUAGUGGUGGGAAACAUUUCCCUCCCCCACCUGAUUUGGUUCCUGUUCCUGGAAAUCAACCAUAUCCACCACAGAUAAACUGGAAUAUUCCUGCUAUUUCAGAAGAUGAAGCCAAAGAAGCUUUUGUUGGAUAUGCUGCAAGCAAGUGCUGCUACAGCCAAGCCCCAGCAAAAGAGAUGUGUUUUCAGGAUCUGCAGGCAUUCAAUACCUACAGAUAUCGCUUGGAAACCUUCACUGAAUCAAGGUCCUCUGUAUGGAAAGCAGAACCUUAUGAUGGUGGACCGGUGGAUUCCUUUCUAUGUGGUAUAGCACCUUUACCUUGGGAUGUGAGAGUACAAAUUCCAGCAAUGUUCAAAGACAGGAUUGAAAGAAUUAAAGUGCCUCACACAUCAUCAGUAAAGGGCUGCCCAACAUGUGGAUCUUCAGGUAGAAGUUCUUGCCAGAAAUGCCACGGCCUUGCUAGACAACAGUGCUGGGUAUGCAGUGGAAAAGGAAACCGACUGAGUAAUGAUAUAUGCACCAGCUGUAUGGGAACUGGAACUACCAUGUGCAAUGAUUGUUCUGGUGUGGGAACUAUAACAUGCUCUGACUGUAAAGGAAGAGGACAGGUGUUGGUGUACAUUGAGUUGCAAGUUGAAUGGAAGAAUAACAUUUUUGAAUAUGUGGCGGAUCAGAGAAUUGGGUUUCCUACUGAACUUUUCAAAGAAGUAAAUGGAAAGAAUUUACUUUGUGAUGAACAACUGAUGGUAUAUCCAGUUUGGGGUUUUCCUGACAAUGCCAUUAGUCACGCUUCCAAGAAUGCAGUUGAGCAGCAUAGAGCUCAGUUUGGAUCCACAAGCCAGAUACUGAGACAGAGGCAAACAAUUGAGCUGAUAUUUCUCACUCGAGUAGAAUAUGCAUGGCGUGGGAAAUCCCAUUCCUACUAUGUUUAUGGAAAUGAACACAAGGUGUAUGCGGAGGAUUAUCCUGCAAAGUGCUGCUGUACUAUCAUAUGAUUUACACAUUAUUCCAAGCACAAUGGAGCAAGUGUGGUUGAUUAUUCUGGAUUCUUUCCUGCCUUCCUUUUGUAAACUUUGGCCUGGGAACACAUUGGUGGCGAAACGCCGCCUCUCUUUGCUUGGCCGCAGCAAGCAACCAACGUGGCAACAAUACACAGGCAGGAAGAAGCUGUCCAGAGCAGCUUCUUCCUUAUGACACCCCUUCCUGGCACAGAUGUUUGGGCACUCAGAUGCCCAUACGUCAUGGACAUCCCCCCCCCCCCUGCUCAAUAAUGGUGCUGCUCGUACAUACUAGGGCUCAGGAGUGUGCGGUUGCUGCGCUCUCCCAAGCCCUAGUUUUGGCCACAUGACGGCACUUCCCGCUUGUCUGUACUGGGCCUUUGUUUCUUUUCUUUUUAAAAAUUUUAUUGAGUUAAAAUACACAGUGAAUGUACAGAAAACACUUAUCUAGCAAAUGUAGUAAACUGAUCAAUUUUUUUAUAAGAAGCUUCAGGAAUUUUUAUUAAAAAGGAAAAGGAAAAAAAGUCGGAAAAAAACAAAGUAUACAAAACAUCCACAAACAAUAUCUUCUAUAAAUUCACCUUCUUAAUACCAUAUAGUCAACCUUCUUCAAGCUAUAUUCUCUUGAUUUUCUUCUUCUGUUGCUUAGUCUAAAACCUCUAAGCGAAUGGGCUCAAAUUAUUUUCUCUUACUUUAAUCUAAUAUGUAUAUUUUGUUACUAUUUUUAUCCUAUAUUAUAUAUAAAAAUAUAAGUAGCAUUCCAUAUGUUAUCUUAAGGGAAAAGAUUAGAUAUCUACUUAUCAAAAGCUUAUGCCUGUUUUAUACAUUUUAAGCUUAAUCAUUAAUUCCCAUAUAAAUUUUCACUUGUCUCCACUUGUUUUCUACUUUUUCUCUUGAUUGUCCAUUUAUAGAAGCAGUUAACAUGUCCAUAUCCAUUAUUUCCCUAAAUUUUAAAAUCCAACCAUCAAUCAGUGGUAUAUUACUUUUUUCCCAAUUUUUAGCAAAGAGGAGUCUUGUAGUUGUUAUUAAAUAAAGUAUAAUCUGAUUUUGUUUUUUCUCCUUGACAUCGUGGAUCAUAUUCAGCAGAAAGAAUUGUAGAGUAAAAGGCAAGCUGAUUUGGAGUAUUUCUGUCAUCUUAUUGUCAAUUUGAGUCCAAUAUUUCUGUGCUAUUUUGCAUUUUCACCAAACAUGGAAAAACCCUGCUUGGGGGUCUGUGCAUUUCCAACAUUUUGUACAGCCAAAUUUAUAUAUAGCAUUUAGCUUCACAGAGGAGAGAUACCAAUGAUAAAACAUCUUUUAAAAAAUUUCUUUGUAGUUUGGCACAACAUGAGCUUAUUUCAUUUUUUCCAUGUUUGUUCCGAAUGUCCCAUCUGUAUAGUUUGUCCAGUUGCCUGCAACCAUCUUAUCAUGGUGUGUUUUAUGAGAUCCUGCUCCAUGUUUCUCUCUAUUAAUAUUUUAUAAUAUCUUGCUAUAAUUAUUUUCUCUUCCUCUGAAAAUCCCAUGUUACUUUCAUCACAUUUAAAUCUUUCUGUUAAUUGAAAAUACAGAAACCAAUUGCUGUUUAUAUUUUUUUUUCCAGUUCUUUUCUUUUCAUACGCUACUUGCUUUCUUUUUCUUUGGUCAAAAUAUCUCUAUAUCUAACCCAGGGUUCUUUUUCUCUAGAUCUACUAAAGAAUGCUUCCUGAGUAGGAACCCAGAAUGGUAAUGCUCUGUAGAGUUUGUUCUUAACUCUAAACCAAUUUUUAAUAACUCUCUUCUGAUUAUAUCAACAUUAGGAGGAGCUUCCUGACAGUAAGGGCUGUUCAACAGUGGAACACACUCCCUUGGAGUGUGGUGGAGUCUCCUUCCUUAGAGGUCUUCAAACAGAGGCUCGAAGGCCAUCUGUCGGGG